AAGUCCGAGUAAAUACUGAAAAGAGACAAUGGCUAUUAUUACUGUACAAAGCUUCUAUCUUCUUCCCUCCACAAGCUGCUUCCGAUUCUCGAAUUCGCCUGCACCGUCUUCUCUAUCCACCCAUCGUUUCAAACCCACUCCCAUCCGUUGCCUCGCCUCCGCGAAUCCUCCGCCGCUUCAAAUGAACUCAUCGGACGAUGCUGAGCGGAAGAGAUUCAUGGAGUUCCCUUACGCGUCUUCUUCAGUUAGAGAUUUAAUGGUAGAUCUCUUUUCCACGGUGGAGGAACGCCUCAAAUCUGAACUACUUCCUUGCUCCUUACCCAAUGAUGUCAGAUACUUCACUAAUCAGUCCGGAACAGCUCAAAAUUCUCUCUACAUAAGAUCCGCCAAUAAACCUUCUAAGGUUGAGUUCAUAUUAGGAAAUUGGCUACACAGUAAUCUUCCCUCUGGUGGAUCACUAAACAUAACAAGUCUAUCAUGUUACCUCUCAACAGCAACAGACGCUCCGAAUUUCCUAAUCGAGUUAAUUCAGAGCAGCCCCGAUUCUCUUAUCCUCAUACUCGACGUUCCACCUAGGAAAGAUCUUGUCCUCCAUCCGGAAUAUCUCCAAAUAUAUUACGAAGAAACGCAGACAGACAAACACAGACAACUUCUCCUUAAAGUCCCGGAAAUACAACCUUAUAAUUCCUCGUCACUUUACAUACGAUCUGUCGUAUCUCCGACGGCAGUGCUCAUCUCUGUUCAGACGGGCGUAGAUGGAGAAGGACGAAUGGAGGAGAUUGUGAAAGAAAAUGUAACUCCUGCAGCUAAGGAGUUGCUUGCCCUGUGGUUGGAUAAGUGUGUUUGUGGUGGUGAUAGGGUGGCAGAGGUGGAUAUGGAGACUUUGGCGGCUAGAGAUCGAAUGGUGAGGAGGAAGAGUAUCGAGAUUGAUUUGGGGUCGGCGUUUCCCAAGUUAUUUGGAGAAGAAGUAGCCAGUCGGGUGUUGGAUGUCAUGCGGGUGGCUUUUGGUGUAUGAGAUGUAUUAUGGAUGGUGAUUGAUUAUCAUUUAAAACACUUAGAUUGAAAGUUUUUUUUUUCUUGAUUGUUUAAGGUGGAAAAAGAAUACUAUUAUUGUAUAUAAUUUGGUGGAAGGUGAGGCAUAAAGUGUAAACUCAUAGGAUUAACUAAUUGGUUGUAAUAUAUUAGCACUAUUAAUUGUUGUUAGUUUAUUUUCUUAAUAAAUAAGAUAGUUUGUUCGA